CUCAGAGCGCAGGGACAGCGGCAAAAAUGCUGGAAGUGGCCUAGCGCUCUCUGGAAAGAAUGAACGUUCCUCUCCUGCUUUUUCUGCUCUUUCAGUUGCCGCGCUCUGCACAGCUUACGGGACGCGAACGUGCGUAUUUGGAGCGCCAACUUGUCGAGGAAGGGCGCGUAUCUGGCCGAAGGACUGGCAGACUGUACUGUAGAGUUGGAAUAGGUUUCCACCUUCAGAUUCACCCCGAUGGAAGAGUCAAUGGGAGCCACGAACCAGAUUCAUUAAGUGUUCUGGAGCUCUUUGCCGUGUCUCAAGGGGUUAUAGGUAUCCGAGGGGUUUUCAGCAACCGAUUUCUAGCCAUGAACAAGAGGGGAAGGCUUCAUGCCACUGAGAGCUUUACAGAUGACUGUAAGUUCAGAGAGCGGUUUCAGGAGAACAGCUAUAACACAUACGCCUCAGUGAUCCACAAAAACCAUCGCACUGGUAGAGAAUGGUUUGUGGCCCUCAACAAGAGAGGAAAAGCAAAAAUGGGGUCCAGUCCGAGAGUGAAGUCACAACACGUGUCUACACAUUUUCUGCCGAGGAUGAACCUACAUGAAAAGACUGAGCAAGGAUUCACAGUAACAGACAAAGAGGAGGAAAAGCAACCUCCGCCACAUCCUUCAAAGCCUUCAUUAGCAAAAGUCAACACUGCAAAGAAGAAUCGACCAAUAGUCAAGUACUGGCCAAAGUUUCGAUUCGGAUAGACCUGCAGUUCUGACUAACCUUGCAAAAAGACAAACCGGGGGGAGAAAAUGGGUUCUCUGAAAUAAACUUUUUAAAAUUUCUUCUAGGUAAAAUACCUAACUUUGACAUGAGCAUUCCAGUCAUCAUGUACGUCACGUCAAAGGGCUGAAUGAGCCAAUCACAAGACAUUUUCCAGAUUGAAUGAACUGCUUUGCAUUUCAUGAAGAUCUUUUGAAAACUAGAAAUCGUCUUCACAAAAGGAUUUACCCAAGUAAUUUUACAAAAAGUAACUGUAUUUUAUAUUAUACCUCACUGUAUUUAUACAAUAUAUUUAUGUCUACAAGCUUUUUUUUUUGCACAGUUAUCCAGCUCCUAAGAUUAUAACGUUUGUGAUGGUUAUCUGCAAAUAUAUUUUUGAAAAAGUGCACAAUACAUGAAUACAUUAAUACUUUUGAAUGCUUCUGGAUUGCACAUAGAUUGCUAAACUGUUUGAAAGAAAAGUAUCUACUUUUUGAACACGUAGAUGUUCGUUUGUCAAAAAAAAAAAAAAAAUCAAUCUAGCUGCUGACUGUCAUGGAAAGUAAAAUCCUGUCAUGACCCCAGUGCAUUCCACAGAAGAGCGAUGUCCCACAAGGAUAAACAUGUCUUGUGAGACGGCUCUGUGUUUUUUAUGAGCUCUGCUCAUAUAGGUGUAUCAAAUGGCAGACAGUUGCGGUUUGACCCCUAACAAAAUAU